UAAAGGCUGAAUUUAAAAGCGAAGAAGAGGCGCUUUGACAACACGGCAUUUGGAGUCAUUCCUUCGCCCUAAAGAGGUGUGGCACCAGGUAUUGCAAUACUGAAUUAGUGUGUCGAUAUCACAGACACUUUCACCUUCAACUUUCAACUGAACAACAAGACGUUCAGUUUUUUUUCACUCUCGCUGUCGAUGACCAUCGUAACCUUUUCGUCUGUAUAAACUGAUAACGCUGGAAAACAGCAAGCCUGUUGUGUGUUUAAAAACCUCCCAGCCGGAAGUUGUCAUGCAGCCCCUCCAGACUGGGAUCAGCUCUUCACUUGAAGGGGGCUGAAGUUUCGGGAGAGCCCUCUCUUCCUCCGGGAGUGCUGACGCGUACAGUCAGUGGCUGCUUCGGACGCGUCCACCAUGUUGCCUCUCUUCCUCCUCCUGUUAUCAAUGUUGUCUCGGACUGGCGGCUACUUCUCGGAGGAGAGAUACCCAGAGGAGUCGAGAAUGCAGCCUCCCACCGUGGUCGUCGCCAUUCUGGCCAGGAACUCGGCUCACUCCCUGCCCUACUACCUCGGGGCUCUGGAGAGACUCAACUACCCUAAAGAUCGCAUCUCCGUGUGGGCAGCGACUGAUCACAACAUUGACAACACCACGGCCAUCCUGAAAGAGUGGCUCACUGUCAUGCAGCAGUUCUACCACUAUGUGGAGUGGAGGCCUCUGGAGCAACCGAUGUCUUACGCAGGUGAGCUGGGUCCCAAACACUGGCCCAACAGCAGAUAUGAGUAUGUGAUGAAGCUGAAGCAGGCGGCUCUCAACUUCGCCAGGAAGCGCUGGGCCGACUACAUCCUGUAUGCAGAUACCGAUAACAUCCUCACCAACCCUGAAACCCUCAAUCUAUUGAUCGCCGAAAACAAGUCGGUCAUUGCACCAAUGCUAGAUUCCCAGGGCGCCUACUCCAACUACUGGUGUGGAAUCACUCCACAGGGGUAUUACCGCCGCACGGCUGAGUACUUCCCCACUCGACACCGCCACAGACAAGGCUGCUUCCCGGUCCCCAUGGUGCACUCCACCCUGCUGCUGGAUCUACGGAAGGAAGGGAUGAAGAAGCUAGCGUUCUACCCUCCGCAUAAGGAGUACUCCUGGCCCUAUGAUGACAUCAUCGUGUUCGCUUUCUCCUGCAGAGCUGCAGACAUACAAAUGUACUUGUGCAACAAGGAGCGCUAUGGCUAUGUCAACGUCCCGGCUCGACCUCACGGCACUCUGGAAGAUGAUCGACUCAACUUUGUCCAUCUUCACCUCGAGUCUAUGAUCGAUGGACCCCCGAUGUUCCUGUCUCGCCACAUUCACAUGUUCCCCAAACAGAGAGACCUGAUGGGCUUCGAUGAGAUUUAUCUGAUCAACCUGCGACGGCGGUCUGACCGCAGAGACAGGAUGCUGUUCUCUCUGAACGAGCUGGAGGUUGACGUCAAAGUGGUCGACGCAGUGGACGGGAAUGCACUGAACAGCAGUGACAUCAAGCUGUUGGGCGUGGACCUUCUGCCAGGCUACUAUGACCCCUUCUCUGGACGCACUCUGACUAAAGGAGAGGUGGGCUGUUUCCUCAGCCACUAUUUCAUCUGGAAAGAAAUUGUGGAUCAACAGUUGGACAAAGCUGUUAUCUUUGAGGACGAUGUUCGCUUCCAGGCUAACUUCAAGAGGCGAGUCCUCAAACUGAUGGAGGAGGUGGAGCAGACAGAGCUGGACUGGGACCUCAUAUACUUUGGCAGGAAACAAGUGAACCCUGAAAAAGAGGAACCAGUGGAGAACAUUGAAAACCUGGUGCUGGCCGGCUACUCUUAUUGGACGCUGUCCUACGCCAUCUCCCAACAGGGCGCCCAAAAACUUCUCAAUGCUGAGCCGCUAACAAAGAUGCUGCCCGUAGAUGAAUUCCUUCCCAUCAUGUAUGACAGACAUCCAAACGAGGAGUACAUGUCCCACUUCCCCAACCGAAAUCUCCAAGCCUUCAGCACCAGCCCCCUACUGGUCCAACCUUGCCAUUACGCUGGUGACCCAGAAUGGGUGAGCGACACGGAAACCUCCACCCUGUGGGAUGACGACUCGGUGCGCACAGACUGGAGGGGUUCCCACAAGACCCUGAAGGGGGCGGUGCCUCCCUCUGAGAUCAUGUCAGCUGGCUACAGGGACGAGCUUUAGUCAUGCCUGACGUGAAGCUGCUGACCUCAGACGGUGUGAUACUACUUCAGUGACUUGACAGGUUUCUGGUUAUUCCGGAGGAGAUCAUGUGACACCGGACGGUAGUGGUGCUAAUUUAAGCCUGAUGGGGGGGACGCGGGGUGCGAGGGCUGUCUCAGGGGGGUCAUUUGGAGUGACUGCAGACAAGCAUGAGACGGUGUCUGAACUUUUGCUUCGAUAAUCAGGACGUUCAAACUUGCACAGAUGAUUUUUCUGGAGAAGAGUCAAACUUUUGUUUUGUUUGUUCUGUUAAACGCUUUUAUUCUUGCAGCGUGAGUGACAGGUGUCGUGAGGCCGUGCGAGUGUCUGCAUGUUUUCAGGUGAUUAUUUCUCGAUGCUAACUGUACACAACACAUGCACUAAUGGUCAUGAAUUUUUAUUCUCUUUUUAAGUCAUUAUAACUAAAUGCCUCCUCUAAAUCCAAUCCAGCCUUGAUGUCAAGAUUUUCUUGUUAUUCUUGCCAAAGAUCAGUUCAGUUUUGUGUGUCAGUUUUGAUUUUUAGCAACAUUUUAAGUGAUAUUAAAGUGCAGUUUGUUAUUAAAUUUUUUUCAUGCUUCAUAACUUAUUGUUUGCACAACGAUACAUUUAUGGUUUUAUUUUUAUUCCAGUCUUCAAUUUACAAUUAUGUUGUAUGGAGAUCAAAUUACCGUUGGAUUAAUACAUUUAGUGUUUACUACAGUCGCAUUUAGAAUAGAACCUAAUUGGUUCUCUAUUAGACAGCAAUUUCAGACCUCCUGCUAGAAAAAUACUUUGAAAAGGAUACUGAUAAAUAAGUCUGACCAUGUCUUAUGUAUGUGGCCCAUGAGAAAAUGGAUAUAUUCUCUGCUAUGUAGCACAAUGUCAUAACAAAAUAAGAAAAUCCUUCCUUUGUCUAGUGCCUCCGCUUUUCACAUCUGAAUUUUUAUCUUGUUUCCAAUAUUUUUAGCUAUUAACUUUUUUUACACAGUUGGAGUCCGGAGUCCAGCGUUUUACCAGUGUUCCCUAACAUGUUACAUUUUAAUCCCGUGAUGCUCUAUGCACAUUGUUUCUAUUUCAUGUUUCUUGGUACCUCGUAUUACAAGUCCAGAACUUCUGCAACCAUGUUUGUUCAUCAGUGUCUUGCAGACAAUCGCAAACACAUUUUGAA